UCUGCUUCCGGGUCCAAACUGUUUUUGGGACGAAAAUACCAUUUUGGAUAUCAUUAUAUAAUAAUUCAUUCUAGUAAAAAAAUACAAAACUUUACACAAUAGACUUUUAAAACUGGAUGCUCUCAUUAUCCUGGUGUUAAUAAUUCAAGUUACAUGUUUUUUAAAAGUUUUUGUUUACUUAUUAUUUUCAAUGAUGUAUGCGGUGUUGUUUACAUCCGGCACAUGUUUGGUUACGCAACCUCUCCCGCUUACAGAAGCUUACCUUAUUUUAAAAAGAAUAUAACCAGGUUUAUAAACUACAUAACAAAGAUGCCAAAAAGGAAACUUGGAGAAGAUGUUGAACCUGAAUCAGGUUCAAAGAGUAAAUCAAAGAAAACAACUCCCAAAAGCAGUAAAGAAAAGCCUGUAAAGGAAUCUUCAUCUAAAAAGAAGAACUAUCCCAAAAAUAUUGAUGAAGCUACAAAUGUAGAAAAGAGCUUUGAAUUCACUGCAAAGUUACCAACUCGUAACAAAAAGGGGGAGCUAAUAUUUGAAGAUGUUCCAGAACUACGACCAAAUAUGACUCCCAAAGAAGUUCUUCAAGCUGGAAGUUUUGGUGGCACAUAUUUCAGACCAAUAAAGUCAUCAGUUACAGGAAAAAGUUACUCAGGAGAAUGGAAAGAACUACCAAAAGACUGGCUGGAAGGAUUAAAUAUACCUAGACAGGUGGCAUCAGGUCCUUACCAUGAAAAUGUUAACACCUAUAAAGUGAAAUGUGGUGGCAGUUUAGAAAUGUGGGAAGAGAGUGGUUGGAUACAUAAACAAGAUCCUUAUGGCUGGUUCCAAUGGUAUUGUAGAUUUUACCAGGGCAGGAGAACUGCUGAUGAUGAGAGACAGAUUGGGAGAUGGCUGAGGUGUGCAGGAACAACAGGACGUUGGAGAAACAAUCUAAUCUCUAAAUGUGUCAGAAGUGGGUGUGGCUACGAUAACCAUGGGGUGUCACCAGUUGUCAGACAGACAUUACAACACUGGGGUUAUAAACUUAACGAAGAAGACUUUAAUUUUUAUGCCAAAAAAAUGAAGAACAAAUAAGUCUGAAUAUUAUAAAAAAAUAUUUAGAUUAUUGAUGUCGAUACUUGUCAUUCUGGCAGCUAUUCUUUUGUGAGAAUUUUAGAUUGAGCUGAUGUUUUUAAAUUUUGUAUUUGUUUUAUUCUACUUGCUACUUUUACUGUAAUCAAAAAGAAGUUUUAAAACCUUGAGUAAUACAUAUGUGGAUAAGGUUCCUGUUAUAAUAAAUACCCAGAGAUUAAAACAAAUACCACUAUUCUUCUUUUCCCAAUAGUUUCAUUGGUGCUGUGUUUACUUUUACUAUGGUAUAAAUGAUUCAUUUAGGAUUUAUAUUAUAUGAAGAUAUAAAUAUUUGAAUAUAAAUGUAAAUGGUUAAAUGAUUUAAAAGUUCAAGUUUGCUUUCCCCAUACAUGUCAAGGUUUAUAAAGAAUUUCAAAGAAAUUAUCAAUUUUCUGUCAAAUAAGGAUGUUCGAAAAAUCCCUUAACACAUAAGUGAGUGAAAAUGACUUAUAAAGCAUUGUAUUCAAAACUGAAUAAAAAAAUAUUUUUAAAUAAUUUUUGGGACCAUUGUAUAUAUAGAAAAUUUAGGAGGAAGAACACUCAACUUGUAAAAUUGUACAUGUUAAGCUGUAAGUAGCUGGUAAUAAUUUUAUAACUGAUUUGAUCAAGUCUGAAAGUGUAUAAAUGUAGAUAAAUCUAUUUUAAUGUUUCUGUGAUGUUUUAGCUAUUCUGUUAUUUUGUGUAUGUGUAGAAAUUAGUUUUCAACUACCUCAUAAAUUAAUACUCCAAUCAGAUUGUAAUAUUAAUGUAAGUUAUGGCCAGUAUUAUUUGUAUGCAUGAUGCUGUCUUAAUCAGCGUAGUCUUCAGCUUGUAGUCUGAAGACACAUUUAAUUUCUUGACAAUAACAUUAAAAAAAACAAAUUGUUAAAUUUGUAUGGAUGACUAUGAAAUUUUGCAAGACGUUUUUUGGGGGGGGUUGUUCAUAUGUUUUUUUUUCAUUUUUUCAUAUUGAAAUUUUUGAAAAGUUUAUAGAAGAAAUCUAUAUUAGCAUUGUAUUGCACAGAAAUAUCUUUGACCACAUUUAUUUUGUGCCAAAAACCUACAUUGUUUCAAAAGUUUGAGCACAAUCCAAAUUUAGACAGUAUCAAGCUUGAAUAUUGUGUCCAAACUUGCCCCAACUGUUCAGGGUUCAUUCUGUUGUCAUAUCAGGGUGUGCUCAGCUAAGCAUUUUACUAUAUUUGUAUCUUUGUAUGUUUUCAAAAGUUACAUUUUUACAGCCUGGCAUCUUUUCUCAUUUUAAACCAUAAACAACAAGCCAGAAAAGAAUCUGUUCUCUGUUUUUAAUUUAAAUAUGUAAUUUGUUGAGUACCUCGGGUUGAGUACUGAUGGAAGACAUUUUCAAUAGAAUUGUAGAAUUUAAGAUGAAACAAGAUAUUCUCAUCAGCUGAAAUUGUUGUAUUUAAGAAAAUAAGAUGAUUGUUUAAAAUUGUCUUGUCAAAGGUUGUCCCAAAUGGUAAGUUUAUUUUUGUUAAAUAGCAUCUUCAAACUGUCUCCAUAAUGAAAAUCAACUGUAAUCAUUAUUUUUAACAAAGGUAUAAUUGUAUUUCAAUUUACUAUGAAUUUCUAUGUAACAAUUUUAGUUAUGAGAUUAAAAUGUAAUUAUUUGUAA